AAUUUCAAAAUCCCCGCUUAGCUUGGCUUGUCAGCAUCGCGGCGGGGGUUUCCUGUGGGUGCUCUGGGCUAUCACCCAGGGUUCGCAGUUUUGCAUUUUGAUCUUGUCGUUGAAUACCCGAAAGGAUGGGUCGAUGACGUUUUGGAGAUGGGAAUUGGAGUAGAUGGUGCUCACAGCGAGUUGCUGAACAGGCUUGUCAGGUUAAGAAGCCACGUACCACCGAUUCUCGCUGAACAUGAAUACACUACUCUCGAUCGUCACCAUAGAUACACUAAUUGUUAUUUUCCUCCUGUCGUCUUCCUCCACUUUGUAUCUCUUAUCUCAGUCAAUGCAGCACUGGCCGUUUCUCGGCUUAUCUCGCCCGUCCAUCACACAAGAACGGAAGUCGUCAAAGCAUCUAUCUACCAUGAUUCACCCUGUACGCCAGCCUCGUCUCGCCGCGUCCAGUUCAGGCCUGGAAUUUAUAGCAUGGGUUGUUCGGAUGCUUCGGUCGUUGAAGUUUGCGUUAAUGCUACGAAUCGUUGUAGAUGUCUACCUUGCGUAGAUAGGAGGCAGCCGCACCGGUUGGACAGGCCCACCUCACAAUCCGGACAGCAGAGAAACCAUUCAGUUCGAUUGAUUCCAAUAGCUAUGGCCGAGAGAAUUCAGCCCCAAGUCAAAUUCGAUCGCCAACAUAUUUCGGACUUCCCGAUCGACCACCAGUAGGAAUCAAAUUCGAAGAGGUCUCUUAUGCUUAUGUAUUGCGUCAAAGAAGAGCGAGGGCGAUACCUCGCAAGGAUGUGAUAUGAUGCUGAGUGUCUCUAAUCUAAGGAUGGACUAAAUGACUCCCUUUUCGUCAGGAAUGGGGCCGAUACCACCUGGCGCAGAUAACGCAAGAUUAUGAAGCCUCUAUGUUAUUUCUAUGAUCAGCACGCGAGCGCUGUGCAACCAGUUGUAUACGUGGAGCAAUCUUGAGAACAUGUAGUUGGAUUCGGUCUUCGAUGACACAUCUCAUAGCAUCUGUACUCCUAUAUCA